UCAUAAUUCAAGAGUGCACUGUAUUUAAAAAUUUCCCAUGAGCACUUUUGGUUUCAGUCAGCAGCUGAAAACAGGCAUAUAUGUAUUAUGUUGUGUCAUUGACACUGAAUGCUAUUAUUUAGUUAAUUGAUUUAUUUCAUUCAGUUGUUUUUACCCCUAGGGUGAUGGGGAACUCAGACAGUGUUGUAGCUCAGAAACGACUGGCUCGUUUUCGUCCGGAUGAGAGACCAGUUAUAAAGGGGAUAUUUGACAGGCUUCAUGAACCUCGAUCCUCUGUUUCAUCUGGAAAACCGACCAAGGUUUUAUCUCUAGACAUGCUGAAGAUGACAAUGGGAAAGAUGGCCUCAGAAUCAAUGAUAAAGAGAGUAUUCCAGGGCAUGCACAGCAUUGAUCCAGGAGUGCCACUGGCCCGUGGUGAUGGGAUAAUUCAGGAGCAGCUGGUGAUUUUCCUGGCAGAUAUUCUUAGAGGAACUGCAGAGGAACGUGCACCUUUGGUCUUGGCAAUGGCAGAGGGUGCAAAGGCUACUGCUACCACAACUGAGCAAAUCAGAGAUUUUAUGGAAGACCUGGUUUCAGCUGCAGUGCAGACUCUAGCCCACAGGGGGCAUCUGCGAGCUUGGCAACCAGAUCGCAUGGGUGAUGGGCCUCAAGGUGUUAAGCUUCUGGCAGAACAGUUGACCUCAGAAUUAAAAUCUUCAGAUCAGAAUAUGUGUGACAUUCCUUGUCUGGAAGACUGGCUGUUCCAGAUCCCAGCAAUGGCCAUGUUUUUGGAACUCCUGAUUGGUGAGGGUCUAGGAGUUGGGUUGCCCUCCUGUCCUCCCCCAACUCUGUUGCCCCUGUGUCGGUAUGCUCCCUGGAGUGACCUCUGUUGUCUCUUGAAUAUACCUCUUCUGAUGUUCCUGUCACCUCAGAUGCCAGCUGGACACAGUGCCCCCUGGAGGCUGCUGUUCUCCACAAGCAUACACGGGGAAAGCUUCACCCGACUGGUGUUCAACUGCAAAAGUAAAGGUCCCACUGUCUUGUUGGUAAAGGACACUAAAGGGCAUAUCUUCGGUGGCUUUGUGUCUCAAAGCUUGGAGGUCAAACCUCAGUAUCAGGGUGAUUCCAGGUGCUUCCUCUUCUCAGUUUUUCCCUACAUGAGAGUGUACACCUGCACAGGCUAUAACAAUCAUUACAUGUACUUGAACCAGGGCCAGCAGACUUUGCCGAAUGGCUUGGGUAUGGGUGGUCAGCAUGGCUAUUUCGGUUUGUGGUUGGACUCCAAUUUUGGACACGGCCACAGUAAGGCUCGACCGCUCUGCACCACAUAUGGCAGUCCUCAGCUCUCAGGAGACGAGGACUUCAUACUGGACACUGUGGAGGUGUGGGGCGUUGGGCAGCCACCCGAAGAACAGGAGGAGCAGGAUGAGAAGAAGAAAAGCAUACUAGAUGCAGAUCCUGAAAUAAAGGCCAUGAUGGAACUGACAGGGAAGACCCUGCACAGCCAAGGGCUCCGAGAACCUGAGGAGGAUGAGCGAUAGUGAGAAGAAAAAAAAAAUUGAAGACAGUGUGUAGAUCAAACCAGCAGUUUUUAUUUUCAGUGUUUGUUUUUUUUUUUUACACUAGAAUAGAUACAGAAGAAACCACACUGUUCUAAUGCACUUUUUGAGAUGUUCAUACAGUGUAUUUUUUAUGUUAAUAUGCAAAAUCCAGGAGCUGGUUUCCUGCUUUCUGUGAAAUAUUAAAAUGUGCACACAAAUAUAUUCUGUCAAAUACUGUUAAACACUGUGUAUUGACAUUGUGUGACUGAAGACUAUAUUUCUCCGGUAUCUGGAUGUUAUAUGGUUGCACUCUGUCUUGACUGAUAUAUUUACUGUCUGUAAACUGGAAGAUUCAUUAAUCAAAUGGAAAAUUAAAACAUACUUGUUUAUAAAUCGCACCCCCUUCCCCACCUACAAAAAGCAUGUGCCAAAUCCAUAAAAGUAUUAACUUCUCUUAACUGAAAAUGUAAAAGAAAGGUCAAAAUUCCAUCAGCUGUCUUAAAAAGAUUCAUCAUGUUAAUUUUACAAAACCAUAAUAAAUAAUAUUGUUAUUAAAA